GGCUCCGAUCAGGCGUGUAGGACAUUUGGUCCCACACGUCAGAGAACCAUGGUUAGUUUUGGGAGCCCGGGCCUCACCCAUAAACCCUUUUCGAAGGUGCCCUUUUUCGAAACCCUCUUGGCUCUUUUCCAUCUCGCUAUAAACCCUUCACGCCCCGGCGUCCGCGGCUCGCUCCUGUUCGCGCCGCCGACUCGCCUCGCGUCGCCUCACUAGGGUUUGCAGUUCCCGUCGCGGGCGAAGGCGGCGUCGUCUCGUGGCGGCGCCGUCUCCGUGUGCCUUCCCGCUCCCAAGCAAUGGCCUUGGAAGAUGGGAGCCCAGCUACUUUUACUCCACAAGUGAUUGCUAAUGCAUUUGUCAAACAAUACUAUCAAACUCUUCGAUAUGCCAGAGAGGAUGCCUAUAAAUUCUAUAAUGACAAAAGUAUUCUUGGUCGAACAGAUUCUAAUGGGAAAAUGAUUUGUGUAACCACAAUUGAUGAUAUCAAGGAGCAACUUGUGUCUACAGAUUGUGCUGACUGUUUGAUAGAGAUCGAGACUGUUGAUGCACAGCCAUCCCAUGUGGAUGGUGUGAUCAUUUUGGUUGCUGGAUAUUUUACAACGGCUGUUGUGAAACAGAAGUUUAUACAAUCAUUUUUUCUCGCUCCACAGGAAAAUAGUGGCUAUUAUGUUUUGAAUGAUACAUUCAGACUUACUGGGAUUUCAUUCGAGGUGAAGGUAGUUGCAGCUAACCAUGAUAACAAAAGCACACAAAUUACCACCCUGCCCAAUGAGCCAGAAAUAGAUUCAUUUAAGGAGAGUGAAGUGCCAGGUGUACCACCUGCAGGAAACAUUCUCGUCAAUGAUGGAGUUAUCAGCACCUCUGCAAAUGUUGUUUCUCCAGUUAAGAAUGACCCUGUUGUUGAGACAUGUGUGAAAGUGGUUAACGAGGAUGUUGUGAAGAUACCUGUAGCCGCUCCAGCUUCAACUCCUGUUACAGCUGAGGAAGUUGUUAACAAGGAUUUUGUGAAGAUUCCUGAGUCUGCUCCGGCUCUCCCUUCAUCAGUUGAGAAGGCUGCUCCAGCACCUCCCGCAUCAGUUGAGAAGGCUGCUGCAGCACCUCCCGCAUCAGUUGAGAAAGGUGCUCCAGCUCCUCGCACACCAGUUGAGAAGGCUGAUCCAGCUCCUAGUGCACCUGUUGAGAAAGGUGCUCCAGCUCUUCGCGCACCAGUUGAGAAGGCUGAUCCAGCUCCUCGUGCACCAGUUGAGAAGGAAGUAACUAGGAAGACUUAUGCAUCAGUUGUUAAAAUCCCGAGGGAGGACACACAGCCUGCCCCAGCUGCCAGACCCUCCAAGCCCAACCUAAAUAUAAAGAUGGUUCAAAAUACGGAGAAAAAUGUGUCCUCACCAUCGAAACCUGCUCAUGCUACUGUUAAUGCCCUACCGGGCGAUAAGGGUGUUCCUAAAAACAAAUCACCUGAUGCACUACUUUGUUUUGCAGAGCCAGGGUACUCAAUUUUUGUUAAGAAUUUACCUUUUGAAGCAACUGUUGAAAUGGUCGAACAAGAGUUCAGCAAGUUUGGUGCUAUUAAAUCUGGUGGUGUACAAGUCAAAUGCCAGCCUGAUCAGUUUUGCUUUGGCUUUGUCGAAUUUGAGUCUCAGCAAUCCAUGCUAGCAGCAAUCGAGGCUUCUAGGGUUUAUUUCGGCACAAGAGAAUCAUAUGUUGAGGAGAAAAGAACUAAAACACGAGUUGUUGAUGGUGUUAUCACCCGUGGGGAUGACAAUGGCAACGGCGGUGGCGGUCGGUUCCAUUCUGGCAGAGGUGGUGGUUACUAUGGGGACGGCUACAAGCGGCAGUGGGGCGGUCAGAACAACGGCUACUACAACGGCGCGGAUAACAUGAGGAACGACUACUCAGGUCGUGUCCGUGGACCGCAAGGGAACGGCCACCCUCAGAACGGCCACGGCUACCAUCAGAACGGCCACGGCUACUACUCUGGGAAUGGCUACCAACAGCGACGCCCCAACAGCAAUGGGAACGGACUGAGGGUCGAGCGCAACAAUGGCUUCAGGCAGCAAGGCCCUGCAUCUGCCUAGACCUUGUCAUUUUUGCAGUCCAUCCUUGAUACGAAAGCAGUGGGGAUAUUUUGAUGUCUAUAGGUAGAUACUUUGUCAUGGCUGAAUUUUGUUGUCGCGGUUGAUAAGAGCAAUCGUGCGUCCUUUGACUGGAACUGUAAUGAGGAGUGGAGUCAGUCGUGUCGCAAAGGGGAAAAAAACAUCUAUCGAAAUCCCUGCUACUCUUUUGUCGUGCUGUCCUCUUCAAGCUGUCUGCGUGUACAUCGGUUUUUCUGCUUAGCAAUUGGACUGGGCGGAGACAAGCUUCUCUCCAA